AUGACAGACCGUAGUCCUCCUCCUUUCAUGCCGCCCCCAAAGCGAUGCGAUGCUCAAAUCCAAUACUAUUCGCGUCAACCUACUGUUUGGAUCAAAGACGAAAAAUUCGGAGGCCGGAGAUAUCUUGUAUAUGUUGGACAAAAGCUCGGUGCUGACUACGAAAAUAACAUUCUCUGGGCCUGCUUAGUUGGACAUGAGUGUCAGCUUCGUAUGAGAAUACACCAAGAGCCCUUGGGAAGCCCCCUUAGCUUCGACCAGUUCUUCGUUGGAUUCACCGAAAACCGUACCUAUCGCCUUGCGGCCUGGUUGCAACCGUUCAUUGACUAUUCUAACACAGGACACAAGAGUGUUCCACCAUAUAUGACAUCUAGGGAAGCGCAACCAGUGAUAAAAGAUGCCGUGCUCGCCACACUAGAUGAGUGUGCCGGCCACAAGAUUCACACCAGAUCUAAGCCACCACGUUGGCUACAUGAUAUCAACAAAGCUGAACCUCCCAUGAUGCGAGGCCUUGAACCCCGGUAUUGGACCCCUCAACCCACAACCCAGAGCGCUGAUCUUGGGCCAUUCUGUUUUGAUCACAAGGAUAAGCCCGGUGGUGUUCCAUGGAAAGAUCGGACAAGCAAGAAGAUUUCUGCUCAACAAUCCGCUUCCUCGAAACUUUCCAAUAGAGAUCCAGGAGAUGCAACGUCUGCAAGCGGCUUUAAUGGUGAGCAAGUAUGGAAGCCUCAAGUUACCAAAAAGCAAGUCAUCAGUGCAAAAGAAGAUGCCGACCAGCCUGAUUCUGCCCCGUCAGAAGUCAAGCCAAGAUCUGAAUUAGACCAGCAGGAUAUUACCGGUCACAACACGGAUUUGAGUGAAAAUAACAAAAACGCUGCUAUUACUUCAACAAACGACUGUCAUCGUCAAGAAAACAAAAACACCUCCAGCUCGCGCGUUGGACUUUCAAAGUCCUGCACGGACUCCAGCGCAGAAGUAAACGCCUAUCCAGGCACAGCUGUGCGUGACAGCAUCGGAAAGAGCCAUGCUGCUGAGAACUCUACAGAACGACCAUCAAAUAACGCUCAUGCAGUAUUGCAGCCGUUUGCUACCGAAUUCGAGCGUCUCCUCCUGCAACCAGUAAGGGAAAAGGCUGCGAACGAAAUUGCAGAGCACCUUCAAAAGUGGCGUGAUGGAUGGAUCGAUCUUUCUGGAUUUGAGACCAGGAUUGAGAGAAGUUUGUCAGACGUCCGAGUCAGCAUCCGAAUGCAAAGGGCGCUUGUUCAGUCAGAUGCAAAGGCGCCCGUCAGCAACGCGGGUCAGAAGAAUGAUGCUGCAGAAAAUCGCAAAAAGAGGAGCCGGAGUCAAAGUGAUGGAACCUGCGCGGCAGUGCAGCGUACAGCCAGAAGAAGUCGUCAUGUCUAACAUCUCGUUCUAUGAGACUCAGUAUAAAGCUUGGGUGGAGAAACGUUAAUGAUUGAUGUCGAUAACCAGAGUCCUGGAAGAGGUGCUGAUUUAUCGUUCAGAAAUGCGAGAGGUAUGAUGGGAAUCAGG